GUUAAAGCUCGCAUUUCCUCACUCUCUAUAAACAAAAACAAAAAUAGAAAAAAAAAAUCCCAAGUUUUUACUAUACAUAUAGACUGAAAGAGAAGUGAACUAGAUAGAGUUUGGUGGAGUAGUGAAGAGAGAAGAAGGGGAAGAAGAAGAAAGGCUUUGAAAAACACACACCGACACAGGGUUUGACUCCGGAAAGGAAGAAAUAUAACCUAACCGUAGUCUGAAAACAAAAAGUUCUGUUUUUUCCGUCAAUUCUUGGAACUGUGGAAAAAUGUUUGGUGAUUGUCAACUAUUUUCAUCAAUGGGGAUGGGAGGAAAUAAUAGUGUUUCUUCAGACUCACUCUAUUCCUCUUCCAUUCAAAACCCUAAUUUUAACUUCAUGGCCAUGGGAGGAAAUAACUUGCCUUUCAACAUUUUUCCUCCCAAUAUUAUUCCGAAAGAAGAAAAUGGACUAUUGAAAAGCAAAGAAGAAAUGGAUAGUGGCUCAGGAAGUGAACAUAUUGAAGGAAUGUCUGGAAAUGAACUCGAACCCGACCUACAACAACAACAGCAACAACAACAACCGGGAAAAAAGAAACGUUAUCAUCGGCACACUGUUCGCCAGAUCCAAGAAAUGGAGGCGUUAUUUAAGGAAUGCCCACAUCCAGAUGACAAGCAAAGGCUCAAACUAAGCCAAGACCUUGGCCUUAAACCACGUCAAGUCAAAUUCUGGUUUCAAAACCGACGAACUCAAAUGAAGGCUCAACAAGACCGAUCAGAUAAUGUAAUACUUAGAGCUGAGAAUGACAAUUUAAAGAAUGAGAAUUAUCGGCUGCAAGCAGCUCUACGCAGUAUUAUGUGCCCCACUUGUGGAGGUCCUGCCAUGCUUGGAGAAAUGGGAUAUGAUGAGCAACAACUUCGCCUCGAAAAUGCCCGUCUCAAAGAAGAGUUUGAGCGAGUAUGCUGUCUUGUAUCUCAAUAUAAUGGCCGGGGGCCAAUGCAAGGACUAGGACCAACAACUCCACUUUUUCCUCCUUCACUCGAACUCGACAUGUCCAUUAACAAUUUCCCAAGAAAAUUCGAGGAUCAGCCAAUGUCGAAUUGCGCCGAUAUGGUUCCUGUUCCAUUGCUCAUGCCUGAACAAAACAACUCUCAAUUUACUGGAGGUCCAAUGAUCUUGGAAGAAGAAAAAUCUCUUGCAAUGGAACUCGCUAUUUCGUCGAUGGAUGAACUAGUGAAGAUGUGCACAGCUGCUGACCCGCUCUGGAUUCGGGCUAAUGAUUCUGGAAAAGAAGUGCUCAAUGUGGAAGAAUAUUUUAGAAUGUUUCCAUGGCCUGUUGGGAUUAAGCAGAAUAGCAAUGAGCUUCGGAUUGAAGCAACUCGCAGCAGUGCUGUUGUCAUUAUGAAUAGCAUCACUCUGGUUGAUGCGUUUUUGGAUCCAAAUAAAUGUAUAGAACUUUUCCCAUCUAUCAUUUCUAGAGCCAAAACUAUUCAAGUUGUAACCUCAGGAGUUUCUGGACAUGCCAGUGGUUCUCUUCAAUUGAUGUUUAUGGAAAUGCAAGUCCUGACACCCUUAGUGUCAACACGCGAAUGCUAUUUCCUCCGUUAUUGCCAGCAGAAUGUGGAGGAAGGGAGUUGGUCAAUAGUUGAUUUUCCACUUGAUAGUCUUCACAACAAUUUCCCAGCUCCUUUCCCUUAUUUCAAGAGAAGACCCUCUGGCUGCAUCAUACAAGACAUGCCCAAUGGAUACUCACGGGUUACAUGGGUUGAACAUACUGAGGUUGAGGAAAAUCCAGUGAAUCAGAUAUUCAAUCACUUUGUAACUAGUGGUAUGGCAUUUGGAGCACAACGAUGGUUAGCAAUCUUGCAGCGACAAUGUGAAAGGCUUGCUAGCCUUAUGGCUAGAAAUAUAUCUGACCUUGGAGUGAUACCAUCUCCAGAAGCGCGAAAGAGCUUGAUGAAUUUGGCACAAAGGAUGAUCAAAACGUUUUGUAUGAACAUUAGCACUUGUUGUGGGCAAUCAUGGACAGCUCUUUCUGAUUCUCCUGAAGAUACAGUUAGAAUUACUACUAGAAAAGUGACAGAACCAGGCCAACCCAAUGGACUAAUCCUUAGCGCAGUUUCAACUUCUUGGCUUCCGUAUAAUCAUUACCAGGUGUUCGAUCUCUUGAGGGAUGAACGACGAAGAGCUCAGUUGGAUGUGCUUCCAAAUGGGAACUCAUUGCAUGAGGUGGCUCAUAUAGCAAAUGGAUCUCAUCCAGGGAAUUGUUUCUCUCUUCUUCGCAUUAAUGUGGCUAGCAACUCAUCCCAGAGUGUAGAGCUAAUGCUACAAGAGAGCUGCACGGAUGAUUCCGGCAGCUUGGUGGUCUACACAACCGUCGACGUCGAUGCCAUCCAGCUAGCCAUGAACGGGGAGGAUCCAUCAUGCAUCCCUCUUCUUCCCUUAGGUUUUGUCAUAACACCAGUUAAUGCACAAACCAAUGUUAACAACUGUGACACCAACAUUUCUAGUAAUGAAGCUAAUUCAGCCCAAUCUUCGGAAAAGCGGAACUUGUCAUCAAUCCAAGAAUAUUCAGGAGGCUGCCUACUCACUGUUGGAUUACAAGUCCUUGCCAGCACAAUCCCUACUGCAAAGCUCAACCUGUCUAGCGUCACUGCCAUUAACCAUCAUUUAUGCAGCACCGUACAACAAAUCAAUGCUGCACUUGCUGCUCUUUACCCCGAGCCAGGGGUAACAGUACCAUCACCACCACCACAACAACAACAAUCAGAGUCCAAGCAAGCGGACGAAAACUCAAAUUCCUAAUUACCCAAAACCUCCCUUUAACAAUUUUUUUGUAAGGGGAGGUUAUGAGUAAUUAGUGAAAAAUGAGAAGUGGGUGGGGGAGGGGGUAAGAUUUGUGAAGUAACAUUAAGACCAGUACUAUUUGCAUAGUAGGGACGUGGGGCCCCAUGCAAAUGAAGGUUAAUAGCCUGUGCGUGCAUGGCUGGACCCAAGUAAAUAAAUGAGAAGAGUCAGAAAGUAGUUGUUUGGUAGGUGGGAAAAUCCAGUGAAAUGAUUGUGUGUGUCUGUGUUUUUGAAUAUUUUGUUGUGAUGAGAGUUUUGGGAAGUCAAGAACGAACCAGGUGAAAUCCUUGCUGCAUGGUGAGAAAAUUACCCCACAAAAGACUAUGGUUCGGGUAUUGACUUCUUCUUUUAUGUCCCCCCUCCCCCCAAGCUCCUCCCCCCUACUAGUGAUUAAUUUUUGGUGUUGUUGACAAUUUGAAUUUGCAGUUGUUUCUGCAAUGACACUAAUUGUAGUAGCAAACAUUAGUAAGAUUUAAUUAUUAAGUACUAGUACUCUGUUUAUUA